UUUCUAUCAUUCACAACUUGAAGAUCGUAAUAUCAAAUGGAAUUUAUCCGAUUCAUUUAAAGUACCUUAUACAGAAGUAAUAGCUAAGAAAGCUAAUGAAGAGAAUAAAAAUAAACCAAAUGAAAUUGCUCAAUAUGUUGCAUGUCUUGGUCCAAUUCAAAUAGCUAAUGUCUAUUUACAUUUAUAUAUAUCACAUCCUGGUUGGACAUUACGUAAUCCAGAAUUAUUUUUAAAUGAAUGUAUGGAAAAAUGGAUUGAGGUAAAUAGAAGAAAUCUUAUAUUUAUUUGA